GAUCCGAACAUGAACGGGUACCCGAAAGUCCACCCCUGGUAGCCUAGCCGCCCUCUCCUCGAUGAGAUAACCUAUCUUCUUGUCGUUUCCUUACCAAAUCCAAACCUCAAACCAAUUCUGCCUGAGUUCGUUUUUAAUUUACUCUGUAAUCCAAUCUUACCUUCUCUCUCGAUCAUGGAUCCAUCCAAAGUUUUCACCUUUUCCCGAAACUUCGCCGUCUUGGUCAAACUCCAAGGCCCUGACCCGAAGGGAUUGAAGAUGAGGAAACAUGCUUUUCACCAAUACAAUUCUGGGAAUACAACACUUUCAGCUUCUGGGAUGUUGUUUCCAAGAAGUAUCUUGAGUGGUGAUGUCUCAGCUAAGCUUUUGUGUGAAGAUGGUCAGGACAUGGCGCUGGUUUUGACUGUUGCUUCUCUUGUUGAGCCCUUCUUAACGUUGGGACAUAGAACUAGCAUCUCUCAGGAGCCGGUGAAGUUGAUUCCUGGUGCAAGGAUUGAGAUUAUGGUGGAGGGUCAGUUAAACUCGGAGAAGGAAGAUCCUUUUUGGGUUCCUGCGCAACUUCUUUCCCUGGUUGAUGUCCCUGCAUCUUCUGCUGCACUCCAGUCUCUUAUUGAGACUUCUGUUGGUUCAAAAGAUUCUGGUUGGGAUGUUGGUUGGUCUUUGGUCUCUGGUGAUACCGUUUCUCAGCCUUCAACCAAUAUGAAACAUUACAGCAAGCCCUUGAUGCAACGUGAUGAGCCAAAUGAUGCUAAGUUUAUGGCCAAGUCUGCCACUCGAAUGGCUCUUCUAGGAGUCUCUUUAAGCUUAUUGGAUCAGCCAAGCAUAAAUCUCGCUUCCCCAAGUAGCAAGGGUGAUACACUCUUAACACUUGGCUCUCCUUUUGGGAUCCUUUCACCUCUACACUUUUUUAACAGCGUAUCAACUGGUUCCAUCUCAAACUGCUACUCUUCUGGAUCGCUAAAGAACUCACUGAUGAUAGCUGAUGUUCGAUGUCUCCCUGGUAUGGAAGGAGCUCCGGUGUUUGGUAAGAAUGGUCACUUAAUUGGCAUUCUGAUUCGACCGCUAAGACAAAAGAACAGUGGCGUUGAAGUCCAGCUGGUGGUUCCAUGGGGAGCAAUCACAGCUGCUUGCAGCCACUUACUGCUUGAGGAACCAUCCGAUGAGAUAUUACGUAUCAAACCAGAUGCUAGUAUUCCUGUACAAGUGGCUGUUGGGAAAGCGAUGGAAUCGAUUUGUCUUAUCACGGUCAACGAUGGUGUCUGGGCAUCCGGUGUUGUUCUCAACGAACAAGGUCUCAUACUAACAAACGCUCACCUUCUUGAGCCGUGGAGGUUUGGAAAAGGUGGCGUAGUAUAUGGUGAAGGAGACGACAAUGGUUUAAGACCGCAUGUCUUAGGAGCUCAGGAGUUUUCUUCCACGAGAAGUAGAUUUUGGGAACAGGAGAGUCAAACACUGCCACGAAAAGCUCCAGCAGAUCUUCAUGUCAAGAAGUACAAGCACAGUUUCCUUCAGAGUGGGCAUAGAGACAUACGUGUACGAUUGUGUGAUCAAGAUUCUUGGACUUGGUGUCCUGCUAAAGUGGUCUAUAUCUGCAAGGAGCAGUUGGAUGUUGCCUUACUGCAGCUAGAAGAUGUUCCUGGAAAGCUCCAACCUAUUGCUGCCAAUUUUUCUUCUCCUCCUUUGGGAACACCGGCACAUGUUGUUGGACAUGGACUCUUCGGACCUAGAUGUGGGCUUUCUCCUUCUGUUUGUUCCGGAGUUGUGGCAAAGGUAGUUCACACAAAGAAGAGAUUGUAUACGCAACCCUGUUUUCAGGAUGCUACAGAGUUCCCUGCAAUGCUAGAAACAACAGCUGCUGUGCAUCCUGGUGGUAGUGGUGGUGCUGUUGUCAAUUCAAGUGGCCAUAUGAUUGGACUUGUUACCAGCAACGCAAGACAUGGAGCGGGGACAAUUAUACCGCAUCUCAACUUCAGCAUCCCAUGCGUAGUCUUAGCACCAAUCUUCAAGUUUGCACAAGAUAUGCAAAACAUGGAGAUCCUACAAACACUAGAUCAACCAAACGAAGAACUCUCAUCAAUAUGGGCUUUGAUGCCAUCACUGUCACCAAAGCCUAAGCCAAACACUGCGCACUAUCUACCAAAGUUACUGAAAGAUGUUAAUAACAAACAAAAGAAAGGAUCACAGUUUGCCAAGUUCAUUGCAGAGUCCCAAGAGAUGUUUGUAAAGCCGACCAAGCUUUCCCGCGAUGUGAUCCCAAGCAAGUUAUGACAAAAUGGCAUUCUUUGCAGGGUUUGUAUCUUCAAUUUCUCCUUUAGCUUGUGGAUGAAGAUUACAAUGUGCUGGUACUGUUUCUGGAUUCCUCUGCUUGUAACAUAUUUAAACACUUGUGACACGAUUGCAACUGUUUAUCAAUCCUCAUUCUAUAUUUCUUGCA